GCUGAGCUGCUGCUGCUGCUGACCACAGCGUUUUGUCUCCCUUCAUUCAUUCAUUCAUUACACCAACAUCGUAUGAAUCUCUCUGGUGAAAAUCACAAGUAAAUCUCUUCUAUCAAACAGCCAUGAGUAAGAGAAAAGCUCCACAGGAAACUUUAAAUGAAGGAAUCACUGAUUUUCUCAUCGAAUUGGCCAACUAUGAAAAGAAUGUAAACAGAGCCAUCCACAAGUACAAUGCCUACAGGAAAGCCGCCUCUGUGAUUGCUAAAUACCCGUCCAAGAUUAAAAAUGGCACUGAAGCUAAAAAACUGGAUGGAGUUGGUGCGAAGAUUGCUGAAAAAAUUGAUGAGUUUUUAACCACUGGGAAGCUGCGCAAACUGGAAAAGAUUCGCAAUGAUGACACCAGCUCCUCUAUCAACUUUUUGACUAGAGUAACUGGAAUCGGACCAGCUGCUGCUCGGAAAUUCUAUGAGGAAGGCGUUAAGAGUCUGGACGAUCUGCGCAAGAUCGAGCACAAGCUGAAUCACCAUCAGCAGAUUGGCUUAAAGUACUUUGAAGAAUUUGAGAAAAGAAUUCCACGCUCAGAAAUGGAACAAAUGGAGGCGCUGAUAGUGCAAGAGUUAGAAGAGUUGGAUCCAGUGUACAUCGGCACUAUCUGUGGCAGCUACAGACGAGGAGCAGGGUCGAGUGGUGAUAUUGAUAUCCUGCUAACCCACCCCAAGUUUACCUCCGAAUCUGAGAAACAACCGAAACUGCUUCACGCUGUGGUGGAGCACCUCGAGUCUAUCGGCUUCAUUACAGACACUCUGUCUAAAGGAGAUACCAAAUUCAUGGGUGUGUGUCAGCUGCAGAGAAACGAUGAGGAUGAAAACGAUCAUGAUCACAGGCGUAUUGAUAUCAGGUUAAUUCCUAAAGAUCAGUAUUACUGUGGUGUGCUUUACUUCACCGGGAGUGAUAUAUUCAAUAAGAAUAUGAGGACUCUUGCUCUGGAAAAGGGUUUCACCCUCAACGAGUACACCAUCCGUCCAUUAGGAGUCACUGGUAUGCCUGGAGAGCCCUUACUGGUGGACAGUGAGAAGGACAUAUUUGACUACAUCCACAUGAAAUAUAAAGAGCCGAAGGACCGCAGUGAAUGAAAACCUCACUGUUUAUCUCGAACAUGCUUUAGUCUCUUUGUCCUCUUAGACAUAAUACAAGAGCGUCGUCUCUGUGUUUGUGUGGGGACGAGGGGCAACUCUAUAAAACAGAAGAACAUUUAAGGAUAAAGUUUUGAGUUUAAUGUUUUUAUUACAUUUUAUUUGUAAAAUAAAGAAAAUAAGGGGGUAGUGAUUAUGAUUGACCAGGGACUGAAUGUAGUCCUUAAAAAAAGUGUUAAACAAUACGAGCAGGAACCUUUAGUCAUUUAGACGUAAUAUUAUUAUAUUAUUUUGGGGGAGUGCUCAUGGGGAACUACUAUGUUUUUAAGGGUUUUUGUCAUUUUUAUGGUGCUUGAUCAUGGACAAAGUCUAUUGAUAAUAAUGGUAAUGGAAACACUCAUGUUCAGACUUUUUAUGUAUACGUUACAACUCUAAAGUAAUGUUAGACUUUUUAUGGUUUAGUUUCUGUUUAUUUGUAUUUAUUAUUUAGGAUUGUGCAUUGAUGGUGCUUUGCUGGUUUGAAUGUGGAUGUGCUGUAAAUAAACUA